AUGGAUGACCUUGACGAAGGGUUGCCACAAAAACCUGGUUUUGUCCCUGACUGCGGGCCACUGGUGAUUAUGAUGAAUUUCGCAAAUACGCUCGACUUCUUCGAGCCAAUCGACGAAGCUAUUGUAAGCUUCGGUGAGACGGUCUUCGGGUUCUUCGGAUCCAAUAGGGAUAUAGCAGAUAUGAACCGCGACGUUCCUCCAAACAAAUUCUGGAUAGAUUUGAAGGGCGUAGAUGUGAUAUACGUCGUGACGAUAUUUCUGGAUAAUAUCUCUGAUUAUCCAGCGAGCUUCUCUGCCCUGAUGCUUCCUCUCCUGGAUGUAGUUACAGAAGUCGUGAACCACGUGUUGGUGAACGAAGGGAAGCUUGAAUUCUGCGAUGUCAGUGCGGAUGGAUUCGAGCUUGAGUAUGAGAUGCUCGAGAUCAAGGAUGUCGUGGUCGUCAAGCUGACGACGGUAUCGUUUGGUGAGUAG